GUUGGUUCGUGUUGGCUCUGUGUUACUUUCUCUUUCAAUGAAUCCUGUCAAGCGAGUUUCUUCGAUCUUUCUAGCUUGCUUUCGUAUCUAAACCCGCUAAUCGUGUUAUGCGUGUUGCCUUGAAUACUGUUGACUAUCUAGCUUAGAGCUGGAACUGAGUCAGUGAACUUCUAAAGAAGAACUCGACCUACAAUGAUGCAGACUUGUUGUAUCCAUCAAUCGUUGAGUUUCCCUCAUAGAACUUUUCCAAGGAGUGAUGCUUCUUUGAUCGGUUUUAAGACCCCAAAAGCUUUUAAAGCUGAGUUCAUUGGAAAAACACUGUCUUUGAGGAUUUCGAAUCUUAGACGAGAAAGCAGAUUAUAUGUGAGCUUGAAUGCUAAUGACGGUCACCCAUCCAUGUCUAUGAUGGAAGAAACCUCCUCUGAAAACAGCGCGCCAACUCCAGAACCUGAGCUUCCGUUCAGCAAAUGGUCACCUUCUCAAUACAUAUGGAGAGGUUUAUCGGUUCCAAUCAUAGCAGGACAAGUCAUUCUGCGGAUUCUCAAAGGUAAGAUUCACUGGAGAAACACUCUUCAACAGCUGGAGAGAACAGGACCGAGAUCUCUAGGGGUUUGCCUUUUGACUUCUACAUUUGUUGGCAUGGCUUUCACAAUCCAGUUCGUUAGAGAAUUCACUAGACUAGGUCUAAACAGAUCCAUAGGAGGCGUCUUGGCUCUAGCCUUCUCUAGAGAGCUGAGUCCAGUCAUCACAUCGAUUGUUGUUGCCGGACGAAUGGGAAGCGCAUUUGCAGCUGAACUAGGGACGAUGCAAGUCUCAGAGCAAACCGAUACACUCCGUGUUUUAGGAGCAGACCCAAUUGAUUAUCUGAUCACACCAAGAGUCAUCGCCUCGUGCCUUGCUCUACCGUUUCUGACACUCAUGUGUUUCACUGUCGGGAUGGCUUCUAGCGCUCUUCUCUCUGAUGCGGUUUAUGGCAUUAGCAUCAACAUAAUCAUGGACUCGGCUCACAGGGCGCUUAGACCAUGGGACAUUGUGAGUGCCAUGAUAAAAUCUCAGGUGUUUGGAGCUAUAAUAUCGGUGAUUAGCUGUUCUUGGGGAGUUACCACUACGGGAGGUGCUAAAGGUGUUGGAGAAUCUACAACCUCUGCAGUUGUCAUGUCUCUUGUCGGAAUCUUUAUUGCGGAUUUUGUGCUUUCUUCCUUCUUCUUUCAGGGUGCUGGAGAUUCUUUAAAGAACUGUGUGUGACAUUUUUUUUUUUCUUCUGUCUUCUUGAUCCAAUUCGGAUGUUUGUGGGUUUAGUUCGGUUACUGUAAAUCAGUUGUCUUAAAAUUCCAAAUAGAGAAAAGGAGCAUUGUUUUUAAAAGAACAUGAAUAUCGCUACUUAGUUGCAACAUAUGUCAAAUUUCCGUUCCAA